GGCUGUUAAACCUCUCCCAAAACCCUCUGAAAAGCAAUGCUCUGUAUCUCCAGCUCCAACAAUGGCCGUUUCAGCUAAAGCUUCUCACGUUCCUCCCAACUCAAAAAUUCCCCAUUCUCAAUUCCUUAGAACACAAAAGCCUAGAACCCUUAGCUUCUCUUGUAGUCUCCAAACUCGCCAGCUUUCCUUUAGAAAAACGCAGGAGAUUUCAGUCCUCAGCACUUCGUCUAUCAACUCGCAGAACCCAAACUAUGAUUUGCAAGCCCUUUGCCUCCAUGGGAAAUUGGAAAAAGCUUUGGAACUCUUGGAGUCUAUGGAAGAUAACAUUUCCGUAGAAGAAGAAGUGUAUAUUGCUCUAAUAAGGCUCUGCGAAUGGAAGAGAGCGCGCGAUGAAGGUACUCGUGUCCACUCUCAUAUUCUAAAUUCAAAGACCCAUUUGAGCGUUCGGCUCGGGAAUGCGUUGUUGAGUAUGUUUGUAAAGUUUGGGAAUUUGGCUGAUGCUUGGUACGUGUUUGGGAGGAUGGAGGAAAGGAAUGUUUUUUCUUGGAAUGUUUUGCUUGGUGGGUAUGCAAAGGCAGGGUUCUUUGAUGAAGCUUUGAAUUUGUACCAUAAAAUGUUGUGGGUUGGAAUUAGGCCCGAUGUGUAUACUUUUCCUUGUGUUCUAAGAACUUGUGGUGGUAUACCUGACUUGGUUAGGGGUAGGGAGAUUCAUGUGCAUGUUAUUAGAUUCGGGUUUGAGUCGGAUAUCGAUGUAAACAACGCCUUGAUCACCAUGUAUGUUAAAUGUGGUGAUGUGGUUAAUGCGCGGUUAGUGUUUGAUACAAUGCCCAAGAGGGAUAGGAUAUCAUGGAAUGCAAUGAUCUCUGGAUAUUUUGAGAAUGGCUUAUGUUUAGAAGGAUUUAGAUUGUUCUUAAUGAUGGCCCAAUUUUCAGUAAUUCCAGAUUUGAUGACUAUGACUAGUUUGAUCUCAGCUUGUGAGAUUCUUGGUAAUGAGAGGUUGGGGAAGGAAAUCCAUGCCUAUGUGAUGAAAACAAAGUUUGAUGAUGUUUCAAUACAAAACAGUUUGGUUCAGAUGUACUCGAGUAUCGGUUAUCUAGAGGAAGCGGAGAAAGUUUUUUCAAGAAUGGAGUCUAAAGAUGUUGUGUCAUGGACAUCUAUGGUUUCCGGUUAUGAUAAUAAUGCGCUGCCUGAUAAGGCUGUUGAAACUUACAAAAUGAUGGAGUUACAAGGUAUCACACCAGAUGAAAUCACCAUAGCCAGUGUUUUAACUGCUUGUGCAUGUUUAGGGCAUUUAGCUAUGGGUGUCAAACUUCAUGAGCUUGCUAUUAGGACUGGGCUUAUUUCAUAUGUCAUAGUUGCAAACACGCUGAUUGAUAUGUAUUCCAAGUGUAAACGCAUAGAUAAGGCUUUGGAAGUGUUCCAUCGCAUCCCAGAGAAGAAUGUCAUAUCAUGGACUUCAAUUAUUUUUGGACUUAGAAUCAACGAUCAGUGCUUUGAGACUUUGAUUCUUUUUCGGCAAAUGAAUCUUGUAGUGAAACCAAAUUCUAUUACCUUGGCUACUGUCCUAUCUGCAUGUGGUAAAAUAGGACUUUUGAUGGCUGGAAAGGAGAUUCAUGCCCAUGUUUUGAGGACUGGUAUAGCUUUCGAGGGUUUUUUACCCAAUGCCCUUUUGAAUAUGUACAUACGCUGUGGAAGGAUGGGUCCUGCUUUGAACCAGUUUAACUCUAAUGAAAAAGAUGUUGUGGCUUGGAAUACUCUUCUCAAUGGAUACGCCCAGCGAAAGCAAGGAAGUCUUGCUGUGGAGACUUUUCUCAAAAUGGUGGACUCCAAGGUAAAUCCAGAUGAAAUAACUUUUGUUUCACUAUUAUGUGCUUGUAGUAGAUCUCAUAUGGUCACUGAAGGCUUGGAGUAUUUUAAUGAUAUGAAACAUAAAUAUUCAACCACUCCAAAUCUUAAGCACUAUGCUUGCGUAGUUGAUCUACUUGGCAGAUCUGGGCACUUAGAUGAUGCUCAUGAGUUUAUACAGAAAAUGCCUAUAAAUCCAGAUGCAGCCAUAUGGGGUGCUUUGUUAAAUGCCUGCAGAAUUCAUAGGAGGGUUGAGCUUGGGGCGUUUGCGGCUCAACAUAUUUUUGCAAUAGAUGAAGAAAAUGUUAGAUAUUACGUUCAGUUGUCUAAACUAUACGCUGACAGUGGUAGAUGGGAUGAAGUUGCAAAAGUAAGACAGACAAUGAAAAAGAGAGGACUAAUUGUAGAUCCUGGAUGCAGUUGGGUUGAAGUAAAAGGAAAAGUUCAUGCUUUCCUAAGUGGUGACAGUUUCCACCCUCAAAUAAAGGAAAUAGAAGCUGUUUUAGAGAACUUUUAUGAGAGAAUGAAAGCAGUAAGUUUUGAAGGUGCAGAAAGAGGUCCUAUAGAUGAAGUUGAAGCUUCAAAAUCUGAGAUUUUUUGUGGGCAUAGUGAGAAACUGGCAAUUGGUUUCGGACUCAUCAAUACAGGCCCUGGGACACCUAUUUGGGUAACAAAGAAUCUAUACAUGUGCCAAAGCUGUCAUAAUAUUGCAAAGUUUAUCACUACGGUUGUUCGCAGGGAGAUUACUGUGAGAGAUGCUGAAGAGUUCCACCGUUUUAAGGAUGGAGUUUGCUCUUGUGGAGAUGAAGGUUAUUGGAAAAAGAAGACAAUAACAACAUGACAAGUGAAAUUGGACUUCUUCCCCCAUAUCAGUUGAUCAAAUAAACCCCCUCAAAUUCCAUUUUAUACUUGAUGGUUCUAUUGGGGUUUAUGAUUAUUGAACAGCUCUCGAAAUUACCAUGUAAUUAUGUACUGAAAACUGAUUAGUUAUUUUCAAGGACCACUGGCAGGACUUGAAGAGGAAAAAUAAGCUAUUUUUUUGGCUCUCUUGUAAAAUCUAUCAUAUACACCUUUGGAACAGGUAUGUGAGGAGUUUGUUUGGGGCGCUUCACUGGAAAUUUUGUUUAGCUCAGAAAAACUUAUAUUCUGUUCUAUCUGAAAUAGAAUAAUUUGCAUGUAUGUAUACUAUUACUAUUUACUACUGUAAUUUUCAUUGCUA